AAAUUUCAUUGGACAGCACGGCUUCCAAAAUGAGGGUCGCAUCUUUGUCUCAUUCUCCAUUCAACGAUAAUCGUUCAUGGUUUUUACUGGCUGUUGGAAUGCUUCGAGUGUCAACCCUGCCAACGGAUCCAGCCGUAGAUCAUAGCCAUAAUAUAGAAUGGUAGAAGAUUUCGCUGAAACAGUCAGCUUAUCUCAAAGAUGAGCGGAAUCAGUUCGUAAUCUGCUCGAUCCUCUUGAAAGCUAACAGUUUAUUAGCGGUUGAUUUUUUAAAUACAAAUUGGAGUUUGUGUACUGGAAGAAUGGAAGUUGAUAGGAUCGAAGAGAGCAGCGAGAGAUUGCUGGGAAGUAACAGUAGUGGUGGGAGUGGUGGAAAUAGGUGGGUCGAUGGCAGUGAAGUAUACUGGGAAUCGCCUCCAUGGUCAAACCGUAAUGAGGAUAGGGGUACAGAGGGAUAUGGUUCAAUCAGAAGGAGGCUUGUGAAGAAUCCCAAGAGAGUUGAUUCAUUCGAUGUUGAAGCUAUGGAAAUUGCUGGUAGUUACAGCCACCGCUCCAAGGAUCUUCCCCCUUGGUCAACUCUUGCAAUGGCAUUUCAGACUCUUGGUGUGGUAUAUGGGGACUUGGGAACAAGUCCCCUGUACGUCUUUGCUGAUGUCUUCAGCAAGGUUCCAGUUGAGUCAGAGGUUGAUGUAUUGGGAGCAUUGUCUUUAGUUAUGUACACAAUAGCACUUAUUCCACUAGCAAAGUAUGUAUUUAUAGUCCUCAAGGCAAAUGAUAAUGGUGAAGGAGGAACAUUUGCACUAUACUCUCUCAUUUGCAGGUAUGCAAAUGUGAAUCUGCUCCCUAAUCGUCAGCAAGCUGAUGAGCAUAUUUCUAGUUUUAGGCUCAAACUGCCCACUCCAGCGCUGGAAAGAGCUCUCAACAUAAAGGAGACUUUGGAAAGGAGGUCAUCUUUGAAAACUCUUUUGUUGCUGUUGGUUCUGCUGGGAACUUCUAUGGUUAUUGGAGAUGGUAUCCUAACCCCUGCAAUAUCAGUGAUGUCUUCCAUAAGUGGACUGCAAGAUGAGAUAAAUGGAAUUGGUACAAAAGCUGUGGUCAUUAUCUCAAUCGUAGUUCUGCUGGGCUUGUUUAGCAUACAAAAGUUUGGUACCAGCAAAGUGGCUUUCCUGUUUUCCCCUGUUAUCGCUUUAUGGUUCUUCUCUCUGGGUUCUAUUGGGAUAUAUAAUAUAUUAACAUAUGAUAUUAAGGUCCUGAAAGCAUUCAAUCCAGCCUAUAUCUAUUAUUUCUUCAAGAAGAACACCACUAGGGCGUGGUCUGCUCUUGGUGGUUGUGUUCUGUGUAUUACAGGUUCAGAGGCAAUGUUUGCUGAUCUGGGUCAUUUUUCUGUACGUGCAAUACAGAUUGCUUUUACUUGCGUGGUAUUUCCAUGUCUCCUCUUCGCUUAUAUGGGCCAAGCUGCUUAUUUGAUGAAGUACCCUAAUUGUUAUUCAAAAAUAUUCUACGCUUCUGUUCCAGAAAGCCUCUUCUGGCCCGUGUUUGUGAUAGCCUCUCUUGCUGCUAUGAUUGCCAGCCAAGCAAUGAUAUCUGCUACGUUCUCAUGCGUAAGGCAAGCUAUGGCUUUGGGCUGCUUCCCAAGGCUCAAGAUAAUUCACACCUCAAAAAAGCAAAUGGGUCGAGUUUACAUCCCUGUAAUGAACUAUUUUCUUAUGACCAUGUGCAUAGUGGUCAUUUCCUUCUUCCAGAGCACUACUGACAUAGCAAAUGCAUAUGGCAUUGCUGAAGUAGGUGUUAUGAUGGUUAGCACCACCUUAGUGACACUUGUAAUGCUUCUAAUCUGGAAGACCAACUUGUUCUUGGCGUGUUGUUUCCCGCUGGUAUUUGGAUCAGUGGAGCUCAUUUACAUGUCUUCUGUCCUAUCGAAAAUAGUUGAAGGUGGCUGGCUUCCCCUCGUCUUUUCUACUUUCCUCCUCUCUGUGAUGUACAUCUGGAACUAUGGGAGUGUGUUGAAGUACCAGAGUGAAGUCAGGCAGAAGAUCUCACUGGAUCUGAUGCGUGACCUUGGCUCCAAUCUUGGAACUGUCAGACUGCCGGGAAUAGGGCUGCUAUAUAAUGAACUCGUACAAGGCAUUCCUUCCAUUUUUGCACAGUUCCUUUUGAGCCUCCCAGCUAUCCACUCUACUAUAGUCUUUGUUUGCAUCAAAUAUGUUCCAAUUCCCGUGGUUCCUCAAGAAGAAAGAUUCCUAUUUCGAAGAAUUUGUCCCAAGGAUUACCAUAUGUUCCAGUGUGUUGCCCGGUACGGCUACAAAGAUGUGAGAAAGGAAGAUCACCAUGCGUUUGAGCAACUUCUUAUCGAAAGCCUUGAGAAAUUCUUGAGAAGGGAGGCUCAUGAAACUGCCUUAGAGAUGCAGGGCAACUUAACUGAGGAUGGAGAUAAUGUUUCAGAGAGAUCAUGGGAUUCUGAUCCUCCUUCUAGCGAUGGGUGUGAGGAUGAACUUAGGAUUCCUCUUAUGCAUGGUCGAGAUUCCCAAGAAACAAGAACUCCUACUGCACCAGGGGCUGCAUCAUCUGUAAUAACAUCUAGUUAUAUGCCAUCUGAGGAAGAUGCUAGCCCUGAGGAAGACCCUAGUCUUGAAUAUGAGCUUUCAGUCCUUAGAGAAGCGAUGGAAUCUGGAUGCACCUAUUUGCUUGGACAUGGGAAUGUGAGGGCAAGGAAGGACUCUUUUUUCCUCAAGAAAUUGUUGAUAAAUUAUUUCUAUGCAUUUUUGAGAAAGAAUUGCAGACAAGGUACCGCAAGCAUGAGAGUACCUCACACCAAUAUAAUUCAAGUAGGGAUGACAUAUAUGGUCUGAUUCAUCCAUGUAAUUCUUUCUGAUCUCUGAAGCAUGAAAAAUUCCUAGGUAGCUUGGGUAUAUAGAAAAUUUGUGACAUAACCAAUUGUAGAUGGACAAGUGUAUCAAAACUCAAAAGAGAACUCCAGUGAAAAAUAUUGUAAAGUGCUUACAGGUCCGUUGAUGAUUAGCCUGGUUAAUUUUUUUUUCCUUUUUUGUUUCUUUUUCUCCACUGGGAAUCCAAGAAAUUCUCUUAGUACUUUGACUUGGUCAUUGGCUGCGUUGAGCCAGUUCAUUUCAUGUAUAAUUUUCUGAGAUGCUUUUGCGAUUA